AUGCGUCUGGAUGUUGGAAUUCUUAUCCUUACCUCCAUUGUCCUACCCUUUGUGAACUGUGACGAUUUCUCCCCCACUUACCUGUCGUAUGGUUCACGCGAACGUCUUAUCCUCACGGGCCUCGGUCCCAGUGUCGUGUGUUUGCGAGGACCACCUUGGUUCGAGUGGGUUUUCAGCGCCUUCCAGCGUCACACCAUCAAAGUAGAUGCCACUUCACCGGAAGUCUAUCCGUUUUACGCCUUUACUGCUAUAAACGAAUUGGACCUCCGAUCCCGUUCUCCUUGGCUCCAUGAUUUUCCUUCUCCCUCUCUUUUGUCGUCCUUCUUCUCAUUCUCUCCCGCCCCCAGUCCCGGUUACUUUGAGCUUCGUGAAGAUGCCUCUAUUGAACUUUUCGGUUUCGACUCACACUGUGUUGCAUUUAUUUCUCAACCUGGAAAAACGUAUUACGGCCGCCAAAUUGGUAUUGAUGUUGAAUUUGAGGCGCGUACUGAUUGGUUCCGAAUCUCUCGACUUCUUUGCGGCUUUGCUCUCUACUUCAUUGCACCCGUUCUCUCCAGCAAUCUGGCCUUUUAUUAUUUCACCGGCAUGAGCUUAUCAGUCAUCGGAAGUGUUCUGAUUAUCCUCCUCGUUGCCAUGCGACUGCUUCCGAAACGCGCGACCCUCCUGUUUCAGGGUGCCUUGCUCAUUGGCGGAGGAGCGUUCAGCUUUUUCUUCAUCUACUUAGACUAUCUUCGCUCACUCCUGUGGGGCUUUGUAUUGAACAACGUCGGCUGGGUACUCUGUUAUGUCCUGGGAACGGCUUUGAUCUCUUGUGCCAUACUCUACUGGUUUGGUCUACCAGAACAACUUAUCCGGAACUUUCCACGAACCCGAACCCUCCUCCAAGUGCUUAUUCGCACCGCUGCUGUUCUCCUCAUAGCCUCUGCACCUCAUCUGCCCUCACAGUUGCCGAUACUUACAGAUAUUAUCCAUCUAACAGCACAAUAUGCUAAGGUGUGGUUCAACAUUAAUCCUUCUUUGCUGUUAGCAGUGUCACCACUGGUGAUGCGUGCUGUGUUUGCUGGUGCAGCUCUGGCUAUGGUCUCCUAUACCUCUACUACGCAUCCGAAAGGCAAAAGAAGGAGACCACCACGGGAUCCUUCAUGGGAAAACUGCCAAUUUUUGCCCGCCCCAUGCGCAUCCUCAUCGCCUUAUAAUAAGCAAAGUAGGAAACCUGUGUGGCAUCCACCGGGAAGCGGCUUUCAUGGCACCCCCUCGACAUCCAACUACGGGGGUUAUGUCUAUCUUGCGGAGGAGGAUGAUGAAUAUGCAACUGGAUACACGGAGGCCUACUGGGAUGGUAACGGGUAUGUGUUUUCACCCGUCCCCCGUGUAGGGUCAAAUAGGUCGACAUCAAGACGAUGGCAGACGGCUUCGUCAAGAUCACCGAAAAGCAGGAGUAAAGUUGGCUGGGUAGUGAUGCAGGACGCUGUUUUAACUGAUGAUGAGGAAGAUGGUUGA